AUGUCCGUGGUUCAAACCCGGCCCCUGCAUCUCGAACUCUCCCGUCCAGGCUUGAACAACCUGGUAUUAUCUCAGCCCUCGUGCUUACGUCAUAGUGUAGUGUUUAGGCACCGAAAUGCUGUUACAGCAGAACGGUUUAUCUCAAAUGAAGCUAAGGGACCCACGAUUUUAAACCUCGUUUGUUAUCUUGACUAUUUAAACUCCGAGAUUCACCAAUCUCGCAUCAGACGAAAACUCUUUUUUCGGUUUUAUGCACUUUUACUCAGGUCGGAACAUAGUUCAGAUUCCAGUAUACGGGACCCGAAAUCUGCGGCUUUUGAACGUGCAGAGGAGCCCGCGGGCGCAGACGUAUGUCUUCCAGGCGUCUUUGCUGUGUCCACACCGAAACCCGUACGUCCGUCAUCCACGGCGCUUGGUUUAGAGCAG